AUGGAUCCUCUUUCUAUCGCUGCUUCUUUGGCUGGUCUCAUCACCAUAUCAACCCAGAUCGUCAAUAUACUCCACACCAUAAAAUCAAAGAACAAGAAAGAGCUAGACUCGCUUUCUAAAGAGGUCCACACUGUGAGGGGUAUCCUGUCGCAAAUCCAGCAAAUUGUUCAGUUCCAGUCCACCAAAGCCGCCAAGAACUCGGAAUGGCUCAGUGCACUUAACACUACUUUAGAUGACUGUGGUGAUACGUAUCUACAGCUGCAGAAGUUCUUGCAAGGACUGGUGUCAAACUCGAGACUUGAGGCACUUAAGAAGAAUGUGAAGUGGACGCUCAAAGAGAAGGACAUCCAGGACUCAUUGAGGAAGGUCGAGAGCUAUAAGCUUUCGCUAGAUUUGUUAUUGUCUAUUCAAACGAGUACUACAACGACUAACAUUGAAGAUGUGCUAGUUCAACUUCAAAAGAAGUUACUACCCAACUCCACCACCGCUUCCCCCACGACUCGGACACCUCUGUCAUGGAGGAAGAAGCUAGCGGGCUUUGAGGUAGACCCUUUACCCUUGCAAACAAGCAAUUUUGAAGACACACAGUCAGAUGCAGGAAAUUCUAGAGCCGAUGUCUCAUACAUCAUCCCAGGGUCAAAUACCAUUAACUGGACUGAUCCGGGGAUUUUUGGAAUAAACCGAGACGAAGGCAAAGAUGCCCCUGAUCUCAACAGCCCAGGGCUUGUGUGUAUCUGUGAAAUAUCUGUCGGACAGAAGAAAAUCAGCCUCUUCUGUAGCUGGGAGACACAUCCAGCGAACGAGAUGUUCACGCCUAUUCGAGCACAUAUUUUAUUCAAAGGGCCUGCACCUGGAGAUUUGUAUUUCAUACAGCUAGAAGAAUCUUCAAUGACACAACCGGUCGAACGCUUUGUUGUCCCAGUAGGGAAAUGCAGUCUUAUCAUCGCGCUAUGCAACAUUAAGGGCUGCGUGUAUCCCCUGAGCGAGCUUGACAAAUGUGAUGAUAAUGGGCAGUUCAAUCUUGCCCUUGAAGACUUUGCAUUGAACUCCAACACAGGUUCUCAACAGGUGCUGGUAAACUUCGAUAAUUUCCAAGAUCGGGAGAAAUUCUUGGACCAUCUCUAUGGUAUCCGAUAUCUUCAGCGCAUGGAUUCUGCAUUUGUCAUUUCCACUCAGUUUUAUCAUCAUUCGCCCUAUCAAAAAAGGAUUCAAAACGUGCAAAUAGGGUAUGCGGAUGGGACUGAAAAGUCUUAUAUCUAUCCCUAUCUAUACCUUGAUUAUCCUAUAGAGGGUCAAUCUCUUAUGCUUGUGUGUGGAACCAAACCAAAUAACGAGAAGGCAGUAGUGUUCAAGGAAAACAUCCUUGAACUCGAUAUUCAGAUCGUGGGGUCUGAAGCGCUUGUAUUCACAAAUCAGGAUGGGAAAGCCAUACAUACCAUUUCGGCAACUCUUGGCUCUCUAGAUGAACUUCUUCAUUUGUAUCACCGCCUGCAAGAUGUCACUAGAGAAUGGAAAUCAAUCGAGGCGAAAGGAGUGGAUAAUUUCGAGACUAAAGCCGAAUGGCUAGUUGAUAAUCUUGAGUUUCUAAAAGAUUCUUUAGCUACUACAAGUUCCUUUAAUAAUGUUCUUGUUGCGGUUAAAGCAGAUCGUUUCUCAAAACGAAUGAAGAUGGAAAUAUCGAGAAAAGAUUCACAGGAGAGAUUGGCCUCAUGUCAUGUCUUGACUUCUUCUAUCCUGUUCUACAAAGAGCACUUCAGAAAAGAUUCACCAGACUUCUUUACCGAUCCCGUCAUGCAGACUAGCUUCUGGGACUUGACACAAGGCUCUGCGACGCCUGACAAUUUUCAAGUAGGACAGGUAAAGAUUCAUGGCGCCAAUGCAGGAAAAAUAUGUGACGAGUUGGAAGAAAUCGUGGAAAGUUUGAAAGCAGAUACCGAAGAGGCACAGAAGAAAUUCUUAAAAACGCUUUAA